CAAUUUUUCCCCAAAAAAAUACAAUUAAACAAGUAAAACUUCUGAAUUUCGACAACCCUAAUUCAUCUUUCUCUCUCCUCGCUUCACUCACCAACUUCAAUGGAGGUCGACAAAGCUCAGGAGCAACCAUGUCCGCCGGAGGAGAAGCUCGACUCUCUCUCCAUUACCACCGCCGCCGCAGAACCAUCCUCUGCCACCGGGAUGACAUUGGAGGAACGAUUUGAGAUCAUUAAGAGUGUUGGGGAAGAAUGUAUUCAAGAAUCUGAGCUGAUGUUGCUGCUUUCGAAGAAACCUGAGCCUAUUUGCUAUGAUGGGUUUGAACCUUCUGGUCAUAUGCAUAUUGCCCAGGGGGCUAUGAAGAUAAUAAACGUGAACAAGUUAUUAUCUGCCGGUUGUAGAGUAAGAAUGUGGAUUGCAGACUGGUUUGCCCAACUUAAUAAUAAAAUGGGUGGUGAUAUUAAGAAAAUACAAGAUGUUGGGAACUAUUUCAUUGAAGUCUGGAAGGCUGCUGGAAUGGAUAUUGAUUCAGGAAAGGUUGAGUUUUUGUGGGCCUCCAAAGAAAUCAAUGAACGUGCACACGAGUACUGGCCUCUUGUGAUGGAUAUAGCUGCCAAGAACAAGCUGCCAAGGCUCCAGAGGUGCUGUCAAAUUAUGGGUCGUGAAGACCCAGAAGAUUUAACUGGCGCUCAGAUAUUUUAUCCAUGCAUGCAAUGCGCUGAUAUCUUUUUCCUGAAGGCGGACAUCUGCCAGCUCGGCAUGGACCAGCGCAAGGUCAAUGUGCUUGCUCGGGAGUACUGUGAUGAUAUCAAAAGAAAGCAUAAGCCUAUCAUUUUAUCACACCAUAUGCUUCCAGGCUUGCUCCAAGGGCAAGAAAAGAUGUCAAAGUCUGAUGCGUCAUCUGCGAUUUUUAUGGAUGAUUCGGAGGCUGAUGUUAAUUUGAAGAUUAAGAAAGCUUACUGUCCACCAAAGAUAGUUGAGAAAAAUCCAUGUUUAGAAUAUGUGAAAUACAUUGUAUUGCCAUGGUUCAAGGAAUUUACUAUUGACCGCGAAGCUGCAUAUGGUGGACCUAAAACAUACCUUACCUUUGAAGAAAUAGUUGCUGAUUAUGAAGCAGAGGCAUUGCACCCUAAGGACUUGAAAUCUGCAUUAACAAAGUCACUGAACAAAAUUCUGCAGCCUGUCCGAGAUCAUUUUGUCAACAAUGAAUAUGCCCGAAAUCUAUUAAAGAAGAUCAAGAAGUACAAGGUCACCAAGUAGUCAACCACGAGGCCACCAUUGAUAUCAUCCAUCAUACCAACAAGGGAAAAUUGUCAAAAACUACCUUGUUUUUUGUCAAGUUUGUGUAUUGAAUUUUUUUUGUCAAAUAGUACCUUGAUUUAACAAAAAUAUAAAAAACAGCAUCUUGUGUCACUUUUCCGGUGAAAAAGUCAAGAUUCCGUACAUUGACUUUGUUUUAUGGCUGGUUUCUGCUUUUCACGCUGUAACUCACUCUCUUUUAUAAAGUGAUUUUCAAAAUUUCUCCCUUAUUUUCCCA